AUGGCCGAAAACGGCACGCUCUCACGGAUAUUGAACCAGCUCAGGCGGGCCAUCGGCGCCGCGCCUGAGCCCGAUCCCAUGCGCGCCGAACAGGUCGCGGCGCUUGUCUGGCGCAAGGCCGGCAAGAAGAAGGCCGAGGUGCUGCUGAUCACCAGCCGCGGCACCGGUCGCUGGAUCCUGCCCAAGGGAUGGAUCGAAACCGGCGAAUCGAUGGGCGAGGCCGCCGCGCGUGAAGCCUGGGAAGAAGCCGGCAUCGAGGGCAACGUGACCGGCGAGCCGGUCGGCACCUACGAUUACGACAAGCUCGAGGAUGACGGUCAGGCGAUCGCCUGCCGGACCCAUGUGUUCGCGCUGGCGGUCACCCGUCAGGCCAAGGACUGGCCCGAACGGGACGAGCGCGAGCGCAAAUGGGUGCCCGCCGCGGACGCCGCCGGCAUGGUCGAAGAAGCCGAGCUGAAGGUGCUUCUGGACGCAUUUGCCACCGGCUGGAAGAAAAUGGCGGCCUGA